AACCCUACCCCGUAUAAAACGCGGCAGCGAUAGGGCUUCCCUUCCAAUUCCAUCCAUCGCCGCCGAAAUCCCGUUGCCUCUCUCGCGCGUCACCAAGCUCUCAAGUUUUCCCGUGGCGACGGCGAUGGAGGAGGUCACCGAGGCCGUGAACAACCUCAGCAUCUCCGGUGGAGGAGCCACGGCCGGUGCCGGUGCCGGAGCGGAGGGGCACAAGAAGAACCGCAUCCAGGUCUCCAACACCAAGAAGCCCCUCUUCUUCUAUGUCAACCUCGCCAAGAGGUACAUGCAGCUGCACAACGAAGUGGAGCUGUCGGCCCUCGGCAUGGCCAUUGCAACGGUGGUGACAGUAGCAGAAAUUCUGAAAAAUAAUGGCCUUGCUGUCGAGAAGAAGAUCAUGACAUCUACUGUUGAUGUCAAAGAUGAAACUAGGCCCCGACCUAUCCAGAAGGCCAAGAUUGAAAUAUUGCUUGGCAAGACGGACAAAUUUGAUGAGCUGAUGGCAGCGGCUGCAGAAGAGAGGGAGGCCAAUGAGGCCGAGGAACAAAGCUGAAUAACCUGCAAGGACCCUGUUGUAGCUUAUUUACUGUUUUGCCGCUAGAUUUGUCCUCUUCAUAGUUUGUUGAGUCGGCAAAAGACGAUUGCUUGUAUAAUCAAUUAAGGGCACAGCUUAUUUAGUGUGCUUUUACUUGAUUCAUUUAGGUUGGAAUGGUACAAGUUGUGUUCAGUAUGAUACUCUUGAUUCAUCACUAUUUUCCAUUUAGAAGAUAUAUCCCGUUGCUUCUGA